CACUCUCCCUGAGCUAAUCGAAUUAUAUUCGUUACAGUUUGCAGUGCUGCUGUCUCCUGGAACUUGCAAUGCUUUUCCCUGAAGUUGCUGAAGAUGGGAAGCGCUCAGGACCAGACCCGAGUGGCUGUCCGCUUACCAUCCAACCGCUACAGCAGACAAAUAAACUACAACCCCCAAGAAGCUUAGUUCUUACGAGGGGCGGGGUGGCGCAUGCUUAGUCGCUCUUAAGGAAAUGAAGCCUAACUACUAUUCCCAGCGGGCGCCGCGCUACAGAUCACCCAAUCAGCUUUAAGUAGAAAACAUCGCGAGGUUUCGGUGAGACUUGGCUCUAUAAGCCCAGGAGAACGGGUCUCGGAAACCCUUUUUACGAAGAUGGCGCCGAAAGCUAAGAAGGAAGCCCCUGCCCCUCCCAAAGCCGAAGCCAAAGCAAAGGCUUUGAAGGCAAAGAAAGCAGUGUUGAAAGGCGUCCACAGCCACAAAAAAAAGAAGAUACGCACGUCACCCACUUUCCGACGGCCAAAGACACUAAGGCUCCGGAGGCAGCCUAAAUACCCUCGGAAGAGCGCACCCAGGAGAAACAAGCUUGACCACUAUGCCAUCAUCAAAUUCCCCCUGACGACCGAGUCAGCCAUGAAGAAGAUAGAAGACAACAAUACGCUGGUGUUCAUUGUGGACGUCAAGGCCAACAAGCACCAGAUCAAACAGGCUGUGAAGAAGCUCUAUGACAUCGACGUGGCCAAGGUCAACACCCUCAUCAGGCCUGAUGGCGAGAAGAAGGCAUAUGUUCGACUGGCUCCUGACUAUGAUGCUUUGGAUGUUGCCAACAAAGUAAGCUUUCUUUGCCACAAAACUCCUCUCAACACCCCACCCCCUGGGUGCAAAUGAUGUGUCUUAUUUGCGACCAAAGCCUGACUUUUGCUGAUUAGUCUUAACUGACUGACUGCACCCCGCUCUCCUUAAUAAGCCCUACCCUAUGCCCACAUUUUGCUUUUUAAUCAUGACAUUCUAGCUUAAUCUUCACAUUUCAACUUCCAGUAACAAAAUCCCCUUUUGUUUUUCAGAUUGGAAUCAUCUAAACUGAGUCCAGCUGCCUAAUUCUAAAUAUAAAAAUUUUACACUGUAUUGUUUC